UUGGCAGCAGUUGCAAAAAUCAAAAUGAGACGAAUUAUAAUAAACAUAGUUUUAAUAAUAAUAUUCCAAGGAAUAUUCACGAGUGCAGCAGUUACUGGAAACGAAACUUAUCAAUUGAGCGAGCAAAUAAAACAAUACUGCGGCACUUAUACAAUCAAUUUUGUUCAGCCUAUGCUAGAUUAUUUUCAAAAUAUGAAGGAGAAAUUACAACAAAGUGAAGCAAAAGACGCAAUCAUCAAAGACUUAAGGGAAAAGUUAGUUUACCAGGAAAUAAAUGGGGCUUUAAUAAAGCAACUGCGAGAUCAGAUCGAACUUCAAAACGGCAUCAUUAAUAAUUUAUCCGCAAAUUCGAGAGUAAUUGAGAAUUAUGGAAGAUGUAAGGACGAAUUAGCCGAAAAAUCCUUAAAGUUGGGACUUUUAGAUACUCGAGGGCAAAAACAAAAUCCUAAUCUGUAUACCGAUGUACAAUCGUUUCAAAUUACGGUAGACAAACUAAAUCAAUUGAAGUCACAAAAUCAGAACUCUAACGAAUCAGAACUUUAUAAAAAUUAUGAUAAAUGCAAGAUCGAAUUAGCUGACAAAACUUACAAGUUGGGGCAAUUAAAUUCUCAGGAACAAAUAAAUUCUAAUGUGUAUAACGAUCUACAAUCGUGUAGAAUCGAGGUAGACAAACUAAAUCAGUCGCAGUCUAAGUCUCAGAAUGAUUUCAAUCAAACUAACAUAUUAACUGCAAAUCUAGAACUUUCUAAAAAUUAUGAUACAUGCAAGAUCGAAUUAGCUGACAAAACUUAUAAGCUAGGACAAUUAAAUUCUCAGGUGCAACAACAGAAUUCUAAUGUGUAUAACGAUCUACAAUCGUGUAAAAAUGAGGUAGACAAACUAAAUCAAUUGCAGUCUGAAAAUGUAGAACUUGCUAAAAAUUCUGUUAAAUGCAACAACGAAUUAGUUGAAAAAACUUAUAAGUUGAGACAAUUAGAUGUUCAAGUUCAACAACUGAAUUCAAAUGCCCAUAAGGGAGAGAAACAAAAUCAAUUGCAAUCUCAGAUUGAUUUAAGACCAACUAAUCAAUUGGCAGCAAAAACAAAAAUUUCUGAAUAUUACGAUCAAUGUAGAGAAGAAUUACAACUUAAAUCGAAUAAUUUAGAGAUUUGCGAGGUUGAAUUAAAGACCCUAAAUUCUGGUCUCAUUGAAAAGAAUAAAUCUCUCUUGAGAUAUAUCACGAAUUUCGAAAAUGUCACUCAAUAUCAGAAAACAAUUGAACUGCAAUUAGAGGAAGCGCAAACUAAAUUACUGAGGACUGAAGUAGAUCAACAGUUUUGUCAAGAUAAAGUUCAGAAAUUAGAAAAGUUAACACAGAAUGAAUUUCCCGCUAGUUGCAUGCCAUUUGAGCAAGAUCCUGGGGUUCAUAAAAUUCAAGUUUCUGGCCUAGAUCCUUUCGAUGUUCUAUGCGAUAGUGAGACAGCUGGACCUGGCUGGACGGUGAUACAACAGCGAGUAGGCGGAAACGAGAACUUCAAUAGGGAUUGGGCCACGUAUCGAAAUGGAUUCGGUUCACUUAAUAGCGAUUUCUUUUUGGGCUUGGAGAAAAUCCAUCAACUAACGAGUUCGCGACGUCACGAGCUUUAUGUGCAUUUGGUUGGCUUAAAUGGCACCAUUAGAUACGCUUAUUACGAUGACUUUAAAAUUGCGAAUGAGAAAAAUGACUACGCUUUAAGUUUGGGCGAAUUCGAAGGAGAUAAUCUAGAUGCGCUGAGACUUCGUGAAAGCGUUCGAUUCUCCACUUUCGAUCGCGACAACGAUCUGGAUGCUGGCGAUUGUGCGUUCACAUUCGAGAGUGGCUGGUGGUACACACAUUGCUACAAUUGUAACUUAAAUGCGGUUUAUGGUCCGGAUCUUAUGUGGAGGAAAUCCUUUAUACUUAAAGAAGCCAAGAUGUUGAUACGCCCCUUGGCACCGUUGUAUAUCUGAACAAACUGCAUUGAAAAAGUUUUGUAACUUUUUAAAAUGUAUACAAAAUAAUAGUAAUAUGCAUUCAUGAUAUUUUAAUGCUAUUAUUAAACUGUGGCUAAUUUGUAUAAGCGAAUGUCAUUUUU